AGAGAGAGACAGAGCAUGAACGGGGGAGGGUCAGAGAGAGGGAGACACAGAAUCUGAAACAGGCUCCAGGCUCUGAGCUGUCAGCACAGAGCCUGACUUGGGGCUCGAACUCACGGACCGUGAGAUCAUGACCUGAGCCGAAGUCGGCCGCUUAACCGGCCGCUUAACCGAGCCACCCAGGCGCCCCCCAGUUUGCAUUUUGACCAACAGUGCAUGAGGGUUCUUUUUGCUCUAUAUCCUCCCUAACACUUGUUGUUUCUUGUGCUUUAAUUUUAGCCAUUCUGACAGUUGUGAGGUGCUAUCUCACUGUGGUUUUGAUUUGCAUUUCCCUGAUGAUUAGUGAUGCUGAGCAUCUUUUCAUGUCUGUUGGCAGUUCCUUUGCCCAUUUUUGAAUUGGGUUGCAUUUGUAUGUAUGUAUAUGAGUUGAAAAUAUUUUCUCCUAUAGAUUGUCUUUUAACUCUCUUGAUUGUGUCCUUUGAUAUAUACAAGUUUUAAAUUAUGAUUAAGUCCAGUUUAUCUAUUUUUUCUUGGGUCGCUUGUGCUUUUUGGUGUGAUAUCCAAGAAAUUAUUGCCAAAUCCAAUAUCAUGAAGAUUUUCCCCAGUGUUUUCCUGUAAGAGUUUUAUAGAUUUAGGUCUUUGCAUUUAGGUCUUUGAUCCACUCAAGUUAGCUUUUGUAUAUGGUGUAAUGUAAAUAGUAAUGUGUUUUUAAUUUUAAAUUCCAGUUGUUCAUUACUGGUGUGUAUGAAUGUGACUGACUUUUUUUACACUAACCUUGUAUCCUGAAGCCUUAUUACAAUUGCUUAUCAGUCCCAGGAGGUUUUUUUAAUAGAUUCUUUAGGAUUGCUACAUAGAUGGUUAUGUCAUCUGUGAACAAAGACAGUUUUAUCUUUUUUCCUUCCAACCUGUAUAUCUUAUCUUAUCUUAUCUUAUCUUAUCUUAUCUUAUCUUAUCUUAUCUUAUCUUAUCUUAUCUAUUAGCUAGGACUUAUAGUAUGAUGUUAAAAUGCAGUAGUGAGGGAGCACCUGGGUGGGCUCAGCCAGUUAGGGAUCUAACUCUUCAUUUUGGCUCAGGUCAUGAUCUCACAGUGGUGAGAUGGAGCCCUGUGUUGGGCUCUAUGCUGAGUGCGGAGCCUGCUUGGGAUUCUCUCUCUCCCUCUCUCUUUGUUCCUCCCCUGCUCGUGCUUUCUCUUUCUCUCAAAAUAAAUAAACAAACAUUAAAAAAAAAGAAAAGAAAAGCAGUAGAGAGAAGGUACAUCCGUACCAUUUUCCUAAUCUUAACCAGAAAGCUUUGAGUUUUUCACCAUUAACAUAAUGUUUGCUGUAGGGUUUUGGUUUUUUUUUUAAAGAUUAAAAAAAUUUUUUUUAAUGUUUACUUUUGAAGUAGAGACAGAGUGUGAGCAGGGGCAGGGGCAGAGAGAGGGGGAGACACAGAAUUUGAGGCAGGCUCCAGGCUCUGAGCUGUCAGCACAAAGCCUGACAUGGGCCCGAACUCAUAAACUGCUAGAUCAUGACCUGACCGUCUGACAUUUAACUGAUUGAGCCACCCAGGUACCUCUGAUAUUUAAUUUCUAAUGAUGAUCAGAGAAAAUGAUGUACAUGAUGUCUACCUUUUAGAGUAUACUUAGAUUUUGUUUUGACCUAAUACAUGGUCUUUUUUUUUUUUUUUUUUUUUUUUGGCCAAUGUGUUUGAAACAAGUAUUAAUUCUCUGUUUUAUGUGUUUGUUUGCAUAAAGUUCUAUAUGUGUCUUUUCAUUUCUAUCUUCUAUCUUAUUUAGAAAUUCUCUAUAUUUCCAUGUUACAAAUAAAAUUAUCAUUUUUUAAUCUUAUGAUUUUACUACUUAUAUUUAAAUAUUUGAUCUAUCUGGAAUUCAUCAUUCAGUUGUACCAGCAAUAUUUAUUAUGUAUUUAAUAUUUUUCUCACUGAUUGGAAAAUUUACUGAAUUUUCCUAAGUGUUUUGGUAUGUUUCAAGGUCUGUUUUCUUAGGUCUGUUUAAUCUGUUGCCUUGAUUUGUCUGUUCAUAUACUAGUACACACUGUUAUAAUAACUUAAUCAUUGCAACUUUAUUUUAAUAUCUGGUUAGUCUAGUUCUCUAUCAUUAUUCUUCCUUUUCAGAAUUGUCUCGGUGUUUCUUCCUUAUUUUUUAUGUGAGAUUUAUCUAUUUUUAAAACUUUUUUAUUUUAAUUAGGCUCCAAAUCCAGUAUGGGGCUUGAAAUCACAACCCUGGGAUCAAGAGUUGCAUGCUUUACUGACUGAGCCAGCCAGGUACCCCUUUAGGUGACUUUUAGAAUCAAUCAGCUUGUCAGUUUCCUAAAGCAUACUAUUGCCAUUUUUACUGAGGUUCGAGAGAAUUUAUAGAUUUAGGGAGAAUUAAUGUCUUCAUGGUAUUGAAUCUUUUAUGUAAGUACAUUCCAUACCUUUAUUUUGUAUUUCUUCAAGUAUUUUGCGCCCCUCGGUAGACAUCAGAAAUUUUUUAGCUUGCACAUUUUCUGCAACGUUUAUUCUUAGUUUUUUCUCUUUUCUAUUGCAAUUGUAAAUUGGAGCUCUCCUUCCAUUAUAUCUUCUGUUUGUUGUUUGCAUAUGAGGACUACUAAAUUUUGCAUAUUAAUUUUGAUGCAGCCAACAUACUGAAUUAAAAACAAUUUUUUUAAUGCUUAUUCAUUUUUGAGACACAGAGACAGAGCACAAGUGGGGGAGGGGCAGAAGGAGAGGGAGACACAGAAUCCAAAGCAGGCUCCAGGCUCUGAGCUGUCAGCACAGAGUCCAACACGGGGCUUGAACUCAUGAACUAUGAGAUCAUGACCUGAGUGGAAACCAACUGAGCCACCUAGGCUCCCCUAACAUACUGAAUUAUUAAUGUUUGUGAUAGAUUUUCAGUUGAUUUGUUUUGGUUUUCCAGGUUUAUAAUCAUGUCAGCUAUAAAUGAUGAUAUGUUUAUUUAUUUCUUAUUUUUAUACCUCACUUUUUCUCAACCAGCUGCAAUGACUAAUACUUCCUAAAAUAUUAAUAGUGAUAUUUGUCAUCUUUGUCUUGUUCCUGACUUUAAUGGGAAUGCUUGUAGUGUUUCCUAAUUAAUAUGAUUUGGAGGCUGAAAUAAAUAUAUUUUAUUCUAUUAGAUCUUUAAAAUAUUAACAAAAAUCUUCUAUUUUCUUAAGAAUUAUUUUUAUGAAGAAUGGAUGUUGAAUUUUACCACAUGUCUUCUCAGAAUCUAUGGUAUGAUGGUUACUUUUAUGUGUCAACUUGACAGGGCCACCAAGUACCCAGAUAUUUGGUUAAACAUUAUUCUGGGUGUGUCCGUGAGAGUGUUUUUGGAUGAGAUUAACAUUUGAAUCAGUAGAUGUAAGUAAAAUAGAUUGCCCUCCCUAAUGUGGGUGGCCCUCAUUGAAACAUUUGAAGAUCUGAAUAGAAUAAAAAGGCUGACCUUCUUAUAAUUAAGAGGGGAACCCUUCCUGCCUGACUACUUGAGUUGGGACAUUGGUCUUUUUCUUGCUUUUGGAUUGGAACCAAAAUAUUCUUGGGCCUUGAGACUGCCAGCUUUUGGAUUGGAACUUAUAUCGUUGGCCCUCCUGGAUCUCAGGCCUUCGGACUUGGACUGGAACUACACCAUUGUCUCUCCUGGGUCUCCAGCUUGCUGACUGCAGAUCUUAGAACUUCUCAGCUUCCAUUAUCAUGUGCGCCAUCGAGCUUCUGGCCAGGUGAUGGCUCUUAAGAUGAACACAUUGAGCAGUAACCGGGCAAACAUGCUGAAAGAAGUUCAGCUUAUGAAUAGACUCUCCCAUCCCAACAUCCUUAGGUUCAUGGGUGUGUGUGUACAUCAAGGACAAUUGCAUGCACUUACAGAGUAUAUCAACUCUGGAAACCUGGAACAAUUACUAGACAGUAACCUGCAUUUGCCCUGGACUGUGAGGGUGAAACUGGCCUAUGACAUAGCAGUGGGCCUCAGCUACCUUCAUUUCAAAGGCAUUUUUCAUCGGGACCUCACAUCUAAGAACUGCCUGAUAAAGAGGGAUGAGAAUGGUUACUCUGCAGUGGUAGCUGACUUUGGCCUGGCUGAGAAGAUUCCUGACGUCAGCAUGGGGAAUGAGAAGCUGGCUGUAGUGGGCUCACCCUUCUGGAUGGCACCUGAGGUUCUCCGAGAUGAGCCCUACAAUGAAAAGGCGGACGUGUUCUCUUAUGGUAUCAUCCUCUGUGAGAUCAUCGCCCGCAUCCAAGCUGAUCCGGACUACCUUCCUCGCACAGAGAACUUCGGAUUAGACUAUGACGCUUUCCAGCAUAUGGUGGGAGACUGUCCCCCAGAAUUUCUGCAGCUCACCUUCAACUGCUGUAAUAUGGACCCCAAACUACGCCCAUCCUUUGCGGAGAUUGGGAAGACCUUGGAGGAAAUUCUGAGCCAUCUACAGGAAGAAGAGCUGGAGACGGACAGGAAGCUGCAGCCCACAGCCAAGGGACUCUUGGAGAAGGGACCUGGUGUAAAGCGACUGAGCUCACUGGAUGACAAGAUCCCUCCCAAGUCCCCACGCCCAAGACGUAAUAUCUGGCUGUCUCGAAGCCAGUCAGACAUCUUUUCCCGUAAGCCCCCACGUACAGUAAACGUCUUGGACCCCUACUAUCAGCCACAACGAGGUGGUACUGUCCGCACCCCCAAAAUCAACCCUUUCAGUGCUCGCCAGGACCUCAAGGGUGGCAAGAUCAAGUUCUUUGACCUGCCCAGCAAGUCUGUCAUCUCCCUGGUAUUUGACCUAGAUGCACCAGGGCCUGGAACUCUGCCUCUGGCUGAUUGGCAGGAGCCCCUGGCCCCACCUGCUCGCCGGUGGCGUUCUUUGCCUGGUUCACCAGAGUUCUUGCAUCAAGAGGCCUGUCCAUUUGUGGGCCGAGAAGAUUCACUAUCUGACGGGCCCCCACCACGCCUCAGUAGUCUCAAGUACAGAGUAAGAGAGAUCCCGCCAUUCCGAGCAUCUGCCCUACCACCUGUUCAGGCCCAUGAAGCCAUGGACUGCUCCAGUCCCCAAGAAGAAAACGGUUUUGGGCCCAGGCCCCAGGGAGCUAGUCCAUGCCUUGCAGGUGCCUCUGAGGAGAUGGAGGUAGAAGAAGAAAGGCCAAGAAGCUUGGCUCCAGUCCCGUUUUCUGUCUCAGGCGUAGGCCUGAAAACCCAGGGAGAACAGGAUGGGUGAGGGGGGCUAGUCCCAGCUCACCUUGGGGGUGGGCCUUCAGUUGAAGCCACUGGGCCCCCUUAUGUACAGCCUUGACCCUUCCCUGUGGCCUACAGAGCAGGCUGGCUAGGCCAAGCCAGGCUCAAUAUGGUGAUUCCAAGUGCCUAACGGCUGUGCAUGAGAGGGGAGAUAGCAGUGAAAGGCUUUCCUACUUAGGGCCAACAGAUGAUACCAAGCUUCUGAAAUCCAGCAAGGAGCUCUGGCUCUCACCCGACUCCCAAUGCACUUCCCCAGACAGGACCAGAGGACUCCUAGUUCUAGUUUGCGCUGGCAGGCAGCUAUUACCCCAGGUUCCUUUCCUACUCCAGGUCUGUCUUUUGCCCUUUCCUGGGGCAUAUAAGCUACUGGAUGGAACCUGGCGCUGACCAGGAAGCCAUAAAGGGCAUGGCUAUUUCUCAGACCUGAAGACUGGGGAGCUUCUUGCCAGUAUGUCUAAGACACUUGAAUAAUUGCUGUUUGCACUUACUGCACAGUCAGACCACAUCACUACAUUUCUAUGCAAGGGGGGGGUGAGGCCGUGUAGUGGUCAUGGCUCUUAGCUAACCUAUUCAAAGGUCUUUUCCAGUUGAUUAAUCUAUUUUCAUAUUUAUGAAGGAGUCUUAAUGUUCUGCCCCAUAAAACUUUCAACCUUGUGGUUGGGAGUGGGGCUGGUUUUGUAGGCCCCAGGGCCUGCUCUAUGUAUUUGUCAACAUGUGACACACCCAACUGGUUAAAUGGUUUAUACACAGACUGAUUUUCUUCCCUUCCUGCUAUGGCUGGAGCUAUGGGAACAGUCUGUCCUUACAGAGCCGCAAUAAGAAAUAACCAAAGAUGAAGCUGGUCAAAUAUUUUCAUAACUUGUUUCUGUUGAUUUUUUGGUAAUACUUUUUCCCAAGACACUUUCAGAUUUAAAAAUAAAUAAAGUUGGUGUUACAGGUGCUA